UGUCGUAAAAAUCCGGGGGAAAAUGUCGUGAAGCGCGGUCGGCGGGGCCUGCGGCGGAGAGAGCGACCGGGCCCGGCUCCCCGCACUUAUAUGCCCCGUCCCCUGGCGGCCGCCUCCCCCUCCUGCUCCAUGUGGGGCCCGGGCCGGGCUCUCGGCCUCUCCUCCUCCUCCUCUUCCUCCUUCUCCUACUACUAUGGCCCGGAAAACAGUUAGCAGGAAGCGGAAAGCGGCGGCGGCGGCCGCCGCGGGGCCCGGGGGGCUCCAGGGGGAGCAGUAUGGGUGGGAUCACUCAGUUCACAAAAGGAAAAGACUCCCCCCAGUGAAAAGGUCUCUGGUGUACUACCUGAAAGGUAGAGAGGUCAGGAUGCAGAAUGAGUCUAGCUACCACCGUUUGUUGCAUGGAUAUGCAGCCCAGCAGCUUCCCAGUCUUCUGAAGGAGAGAGAAUUUCAUCUUGGAACCCUUAAUAAAGUGUUUGCCUCCCAGUGGUUGAACCACCGACAAGUGGUGUGCGGGACAAAAUGCAACACAUUGUUUGUGGUAGAUGUCCAGACUGGUCAAAUUACAAAGAUUCCUAUUCUGAAAGAUCGUGAACCUGGCAUGGUGAACCAGCAGGGCUGUGGUAUUCAUGCCAUUGAGCUCAACCCCUCAAGGACCCUUCUGGCUACAGGUGGAGACAACCCCAACAGUCUUGCAAUUUAUCGUCUGCCUACACUUGAUCCUGUCUGUGUGGGAGAUGAUGGCCACAAGGACUGGAUAUUUUCAAUUGCAUGGAUCAGUGAUACUAUGGCUGUUUCUGGUUCCCGGGAUGGUUCGAUGGGUCUCUGGGAAGUCACAGAGGAUGUGCUGUCUAAAAGUGAUGCCAGGCACAAUCUCUCUCAAGUUCCUGUCUAUGCCCACAUAACGCACAGGGCUCUGAAGGAUAUUCCCAAGGAGAACACCAAUCCCGACAACUGCAAAGUUCGAGCAUUGGCUUUCAACAAUAAGAACAAGGAGCUGGGAGCUGUGUCGUUAGAUGGAUAUUUUCAUCUUUGGAAAGCAGAACACACACUAUCAAAGUUACUUUCCACAAAGUUGCCGUACUGCAGGGAGAAUGUGUGUUUGGCUUAUGGUCAGGAGUGGUCGGUGUACGCAGUAGGAUCGCAGGCACAUGUCUCCUUCCUGGAUCCAAGGCAGCCUUCUCACAACGUUAAAUCCGUCUGUUCCAAAGAACGAGGCAGUGGUAUUCGAUCAGUGAGCUUCUAUGAGCACAUCAUCACAGUGGGAACAGGACAAGGUUCCUUAUUGUUUUAUGAUAUCAGAGCUCAGAGGUUCCUGGAUGAAAAACCUCCACGUGCCUGCUACGGCCAGAAGCAGAAACUAGGUGGAAAUGAAAUUCUGAAGUUGACUACUGGGAAAGGUUGGCUGAAUCAUGAUGAAACCUGGAGGAAUUAUUUUUCUGACAUUAAUUUCUUCCCAAAUGCUGUUUACACCCACUGCUACGACUCGUCUGGAACGAAACUCUUUGUGGCAGGAGGCCCCCUUCCAUCAGGACUUCAUGGGAAUUAUGCUGGUCUCUGGAGCUAAUAACUCUUCAUAAAUGCUGAUCUUUACACAGAUUUCCACUUUUCCUUUUUUAACAAAGAAAUUGUGUGAUGCCAUUGAUCUCUGAUUUAAAUGCAAGUUAUUUUUUGGCAAAGUUUUCUGUUGGUCUCCAACAGUUUUGUACAUCUUUUUGAACCAGUUUUUUGCUUUAACCUUCUUGAUCCUUUAUAUGAAGGGUUUUUGAAAUCCCUUUUUAUUGUAUUUACUCCAAGUGACUCUUCCCCGACGUUUAGGCUAUCUUGGCCAUAUGCCCUCUCCCCUACUUUGCUGUGAGGUAGGAUUCCUUUCUUAUAGAGUGGUUGCUCCUGGGCUUUCUGUGAAAGUCUAGGGGCUGUGUGUGUGCAGGUACUUUGUCAGUUACAUUACCUGGAGUGAGGACUACUUGUAAUUAAAAAAAAUAUUAAAAUAUUUAUAAGAGAUAAGCUACUACUUUAUCUGCAGAGCCUGGCCCGGGCCUGAGUUGACCUUAUUUUUUAAAAGUACAAGUCUAAUGACACUGUUUAUAUGUAGAGGAAUACAGUAAAUUUCAGCUGUACUCACUGGAACCCAGGAAUGGAUUCCCCAGGGAUAUUGCCCAUCAAGCCCAAACUGCAGAAGUGUAUCUCAACAGUGUAUUUGUAUUUGAAUAGUAGUUUUCAGCAGUCCUAGGAGCAAAAUUUGAUCUUCUGUUGUUCUCUGCCUAUCCCAGGUAUCAUCUUGCACAACUGGAGUUUCAGAGUAGGCUGUUCUGCAGCAUGGCUAUUGCAGGACAACAUCACAUCAAAACUGAGGGUUAAGGCUUAGAAGUGCAAUGAGGAAAUGGAGGCUAGGGACAUGGGUUGUCUUGUCAAUAAAUGAAUUAAAACUAACCAUUUUCCAGAUGAGCUAAGGCUCCCAAGUUCACUGCUGUGGUAGCUCAUGGGUUCCUCACAGUCUUUCUAAAACCCAGGAUCAUCUUUGUCCCAGGCUGAGAGAGCUUUCUCAACCCCACUUCAGCUCUUCUGGUUAGUUGUUAGGAGAGUUGUUAGCCAGCACCUCUAACAAACAGAUUGAAGAAGAAGAAGAAAAAAUUUCCCUUAGGUUGAAAAGUGUAUCACAGACUUUCUAGUGAAGGCUAGAAGCUUGCCAUGUAGUGAGAUAAUUUAGCUCGUGUUUGUUCAGCAUCUUCUGUCAUCCUGCUUGCCAUAGGAGAUAUUCAGCCUUCCCUCAGAGUCCCCUGCCUUCAUUCUGCAUUCAUACUCCCUUGAGCUUCACCUGGGAUUGUGGGUGAGGAGAAUAGGUGUGUGCACUCCUGGAAGAGUCCAGAUCUUAUCCAAUACUCAGCUAAAACACAGGGCUCCAGGGUGCUGCUUUUGGUCCUCUAGCAGGCACUGGGAACUUUGGGCUUCUUACUGAUGCUUCCAUCCUCUGCUGGGAUGAACACACUCCUCCUGUCACCAUCACUGGCAAAGCAGGGAACAUGCUUAUACCUAGGCUGCUUUCAUGCCAAAUGGACAGUUUGCUGAAGCUGAGAAAGAAGACAAGGCAGGGAGUCAUGCUCUGCUCUCCUGUCACAGCUGGGGAGUACAGCUGCCAUGGUAGAAUAGCACAAGUCCUUUAAGCAGCUUUUGCCAGACUUACUGGAGCUGGUCUGGCCAUGUCCUUAAAGGCCCUCUUGUUCUCCAUCGAUAUGCGAAGCAGUGAGGCUCUGGCUGCUUUUCCAGUUGGUAGUGAAGUUGAGACUUGGAUGAAAAUCCUGUAAGGAAUGCAUUUCUCUCCCAUCUGGGUGGAAGUCAGAGCAAGUAAAGAAAUAGAGAUGUGCACCUGUUCCAGAAUUAUAAUUUGCUUAAACUGAGUCCUGACAUGGAUGCUUGACAAAGAUAUUUGCUACAGUUUGUAAUUCUGCUUCCCUUGUGGGUUGGCUGCUUAAACUGAACCAGUUCAAGCACUGUGUGCUUGGAUAUUCAGGGUUUUCUCAGAAAAAAGUGGCUAUUGCACAAUAGUAAGUGAAUGAAUUCUCCCAAAUUAUAUUUUAUCUAGAGUUGUUCAUUGAUUUUUAAAUAACAUUUUAGUGUCAUUUAUGUUGUUCUGUGAUGGCAAUGUAUUGCUUUGGGUAUUUUGGAGGCUUUGAAGAGAGGAAAUAGGCAGAGAAACAAAUUUUGAAAUAUGGCAGGACGUGUUUUUCUGGGAUUACUCCUUCAGCUGCUGUGGAAGAUCACUGCUGUUGCAGGAAACAUUCUGCUCAGCUCUUUUAUUUGGGCUUGAUUUGAGUGUGGGGCUUUUUUUGGGGGGGGGGGAAGUGGACAUUUGAGCCUUUUUCAGUUUUUUAGAAACAACAGUUAAUAGUUAGGCAGUUAGUGUCAAAGGAAACUCCUGGUCUAGAAAUCCUUGCCCUGAUGUUGAUCUAACAAAUUGAUAUUUCAGGUCUGGGCAAGGGGGCAAAGAGGGAUGGAUGUUCAUAUGGCCUGAGCUUUGGUGCCCAGAUUUGGAGACUGAUCAUCGUAGUCAGCUGAGCCUUUAGUUUACUGCAGAGGAGCAGCUCAGCACCUCUGGAAAGCAUCUCACUGACUGUGAUACUGAUCUCCCUGAGGUACUUUUAUUUGUGGUCCUAAAGCCUGGUGGCUUGAGUGCCCUUUCCCUGCUUCCCCCACCCUCCCCUUUUCUGCCUAGGAACCUUAGGACAAUUCCCAGAAUAAUCUGGAGAAUGUUGUAAAAUCCUCUGGAGUUUCACAAGCUUCUGUGUAUUUUUCCAGAGUGUCUUUCCUCCCUUCCUGUCCUCCCAGUAACUUCUCACAUGGAGGGAGCCAUCAUUGUUGCAUUGUAGAAAAGCCCGUAAAAACUAGAAGCAAACUAGAUAGCGCUGUCAAGCUUGCAAAUGAAUUUGAGGCAGAGAACUUCAGUCUGUUUCAGUGGUUUUUAAAUGCUUGUAACAAUACAGAUGUUGCCUUUCCGAGUACUUUGUGUUUGGGUGUCCUUUUAAGGUAGACAUGUGAGCCCUUCAGGCAUGUCAUAUUCAAUCCGUUCACUGGUAGAAACUGAGGCAGAGAAAGGAAAUGCAAGAGCAGCUAUCCAAGAGCAGGUUAUAGGUGAAACAAGAAGAACCCAGACUUUCUCACUUGGUGCAGCUGUGUUACCCUACUGAUGUAGGUGUCAGAACUGACAUCCAGGGUCAUGGUGAGAAAGGCAAAGGUUUCCAAAUGAAGUACGGGAGAGCUGGUACAGCCAGGAGUCUGGGCUCAGCGUGGAGGUGAGUAGGUGGGCAUUCCUCAUCAUUCAAAUGGCAGUUAUGCCCCUGUGAUGGGUGGAUAUUGUCUUGCUACACUUCAGUAGCUUAAACAGCUUGCUGUGCUGAGACCCAGUGGAGUCUGAGUUUUCAGACCGUUUUAACUUUUACAGUAUUUCUUAAUAAUUUCUCUCCCUCAGUCUUUCCUGCCCUCCUUGAAUGAUCUAUUUGUUGUGCUUCUUCCCUCCCAGAUUAUCCCAGUUUUUAUUGCAGCAAUAUUGUACUUGGCAGGGGUGACCUCUGUCAGACAGAAAUGGGCCUGCUGGCAUUUUGACAAGCCAUGUUUGAGACCUUCAGUUAGCUUUGUUUUAAACCAGAGGUAGACUUCUGAGGCUGGGUAAAGCUAGAACUGGGCAGUUGCCAUUCUGUAUGUUAGCUGACUGACGAGAUUGAAGGGAGAGGGAAACCUUUAAUCGCAGCAGAAGACAGUCGGACUUUUUUUUUUUUUUUGCUAUUUGAUGUUUCAGUAAUGUGGGAUCUUAGGUGCUGCAGUUGAGUGUAACAAGCAGUUAAUUUUACCGCUCAGUUCUUUUCAUUAGACUAUCAUAUUAAUUGGGGGUAUUUUUGGUAUAUCUGGGUAUUAUACUUUCAAUAUUCAUAAUCACAAGCAAUCAAGCUAGUAACUAGUUAUGGGUUCAGUAGUACAUGACUCAUGAGUAACUGGGUAGCAGCCCGUCAGUAGCUAUCAGUUGUGUGAUGCACAUCCCUGAGGGAGCAAAAGCUGCUUUGCCAUGUUAGUCUGAGCAUAGCAAUGAGAGUUAUUCACACCUGCUUUCAAACACCUUAUUCCUAGUAAUUCCUCUGGCCUUUCCCCUUGUGCAGCAAUGUCAGCCAAGGAUAAUCACUGCUGCUCUCCGCAGGUGCUUUCUGGGGUUGUUUCAAGGAAGUGCGUGAACUGCAAUCCACUUCUGUUUAGUUCCCUCAUCAGUCUGGUGUUAGCCCAAGGUGAAUAGAUCAUGAAAUAAGAGUAAACAGAUUUCUAGUUUCAGUUCUUCCACUGAGAUCCAUUUGAAGGCGCAUUGCAGGAGUGCCCAGUAAUCUUACUGGAUUUAGACUGUCCACAAAGGUUACACUCUGGGUGAGAUUUGUGACUCUGAGGGAGACCCCCUGAACUUCAUUAUGGGGAAUGAAGCCUCCUCCAUUUGAAGUCUGUGGCAGUUUUUAUAUUUUAAGGAUUAAGAGAUUCCUGUUAGUUACUUUCCUCUAAAACUUCAUACUCUUCUGUUGUCUGAGCACUUGCUUUGUACAAAGCUCGUAGCUGCAGAGACUGAGAUUAAAGUUAUGAUCCAGCUAUGUCAAGUGGUGGAGUUUGUUGUCUUAAUUUCAGUCCCUCUGCUGAGAAACGCCAGCUGACCCUGUUAAUUAAUGUCCCUCACACAAUCCAAAUGUGAAUUAAAGCAGGCUUGGUUAGAACAUUUGUGGAAGCACCCAUUUUAUUUGUUUUCAAGAAACCAAAAACAGAUCGGCUGUCAGUCACUGCAUCUCGAAGAAGCAUCUUCCAGCAGCCAGGUGGGAACUCAGAAGAUGUGUUUGUGGUACUCUGAUAUCAUUAUUUGCCUUUAAACCCAUUUUUCCAUGGUGUCUGAGGCGCUCUUGAUUUUUAGCUUAUGCUGCAAUUGCUGCUGUGAUUAAAUUACUGAACUUGAGUAGAGCUAAUGUGCAGGAAGGCUGCUGAAGAGCUGUGUGAAAUGCAGACCAGAGUUGAUACUCUGCCUAGCCCAUGCUGAACCCUGGGCUACUCCAGUGGCCAUACGCAAACUCUAGUUUCAAGCCAAGUGAAAACACACCUAUAUGCCCUGUUGGCCAUCCUGCAGUUACAGCCCAUGGUGUGACCACAACUCAAAGUGCAAUUGUCUGAGUGUCGCAGUCUUCCAUAGCUUAAGUCUCUGAAGGACAGACACUAAGAAUUUGCCCAGGCCCUAGAGGAGGGGGAAUGGGAAGGAGAAUACAGCUACAUCUCAUUUGAACGAUUCUCCUGUGUGCGGUCUCCCUUGGCUUUGCGAGUGGUCACUUCAGUGGGAAGGAUAGACAAGAGGGUACAAGGGAAGAGAUAAAGGCCCAAUAAAAGGAUUUGCUAUUCCUCUUUGGACACCUGAGGAGUUAAUGCAGAGCAGGAUGCUUCAUCAUUGCUCAGGAGAUACUUUGUAAAAGGGCUGAAUCUGAAAUGUGUUUUCAGAGAGACCAAGUAGAUACUCCUUUCAUUCUCAUAUUCCCAUGUGUAAUUUCCAAGGAUUUAAAUUAGGAAGCAUCCUCCUCUUUGCUUGCAAUACUGAGUUUCUUCAUCAAAACUGUCUGGUACUUAGUUAAUUAAAAGAAUGCUGUUGAUGGAAAGGAAUCUUCCCAGUUAAAAAAUGGAGUGCCAUUUUCUAACAGCUUCUCCCUCUAGUAUUGUGCUGGGACUGGUCUGGUCUAAGGAAGUGCACAGAGCUAAAACAGAGUGCUAGGGUUGAUGGAGUUGGGAAAGUCUGGGCUGCCUAAUCACUUCUGGACACCUUCUCCCUUUGGAAAAAAAAAAAAAAGUAAAACACUUGAUUAUAUACAAUUUCUGGUCAUCCAAUUAUUGAAUUAAAACCAAAAGAAGGAUGUAUAAUACACUUGAAGCAGUGUGGUAUGUCUUUACAGCCCUAAAUAUAUAUAUUUUUUUUGAUCUCCCUCCCCCUUGAACAGAAAUCGUGGAGUCAAUGCUUUGUUUUCUUGGGAACUGUUUUUUUAGAUUCCCUUACUAAUAGGGAAAAUUCAGGUGCUGAAUCUUACAUCUCAUUAAACUUGUACUUUUUAUUUGCCCACUCAUUUGGUUUCCUUUCCCUUUCAAGGCCUCCCACAGUCUCAGGGUAUAUAAAUCACUAUGACUCAUCCAAAUAAUAACAAAAUGGACCAACCAGAGGUUAAUGUGCCUUUCUCUUAUGGUACCUUGAUCUUUGUAAAGUUAUCUCACAAACACGUCACUGUCUUAGGGCUGGGUACAUGCAUCAUCUUUUUCUAAGAUAUACGUGUUGAAGUUGCAACAGGUUUGUACUGUUACUCGUGAUUCAUUUGCUUUAGGAUGUGGUAUAGACACAAAUCAAAUGCACUGGUUUGUCUUGGGGAUCAGUCUUACCUGUGACAUCUAUCAGUGCUUGCCUGUGUGUUAACGUGUACACAAAUGCUGGAUCUUCCCCAUUGCCUAUGAUGUACUUGUAUAUGAUGCACAAACUACGCAAGGCAUUUUAAAAUGUGGUGAUCACAACUUCCUGCCUGAUGGUAGGAUGUCCUACAGUGAACUGUUGUUUUUUUUUUUUUUUGUUUUGUUUUGUUUUUCCAAGUAUAUUUAAAGAUCCAAAGCCUUGGAAAAAAAAUUCAGGACUUGCUGACACUUGCUGGCUUUUGUUCUGAAUCCAAGGUCUGAUAUUUCUUAACAGCUCUGGCAAUUCCACCCCUCUAACAGCCUUUCUCAGCUUUCUAUUUCUGUCACGAGCUGUGUCAGAGACAGCACUGGAUCCUGAACUAUCAUAGAAGCUGUCAAGUAAAGUAGUAGCAGCUGUCUUCAAAUGUAGUGCACGUUUUUAAAUGUAAGGCAAAACUGUUUGAAAUUGUUGAUGCAGUUUGUAAAUGAAGCUGUGGAAAAUUGCAGAUAGUACACAAAACUAACCUGUCUGUAUGUACAGCUCGUGUUCAGCAUUAUUUUGUAAAUUGUUUUUCCUCUCUGAAAAGUGACUUUUUUUGAAGACAAAGGCUUCACUUUAGGCUUUGUUUCUGAGACGGCUUUGUUCUUGCAAACUCAAACUGAGAUCUGGAAUUUGGGCCAGGUUGCUGCCUCUUUUGCUGUUAGCAGAGGAUGGUGCAAUUGCUACAGGAUAUCCCUUCCUAGUUCUAAGCUUAAUCUGAUCAUGAGAGCAUAGAAACAGGAACGCUUCCUCAAUUGUGGCCUUAACUGGGUAUGCAUACACAUAGGUUAGGUACAGAAUUCUUCUGAUCUAUGAGGAUACUUUUGUCUUAGAAUCAAUACAGUUGAUGUACUGAUAUUAAUCAUCAGUCAAGGAGCUUUAGUAUAUGUGUAUUUCCUGUUCUGUCUUUUCUCUGUACCCCAGCACAGAUUUAACCUCAAGUUCAGGUUAAGUUUCUGCUAACUUUGGUGUUUCAUAAAAUUCAGUCAAGUACCCUCUUUAUAUGCAGUCACUUUUCAGAGUAGAACAGAUUGGUUUCACCUUAUUUUGUAAUCUUCAGCACUUUUUUCUUUCCGAUUUACCUUUCCCUAGCUUGCCUUUAAUAAUCAAUUCAAUUCAAAUCAAUUCAAAGCUGUUUGCCUAGUCCAAAAAAUACCAAGUCAUAAUAAAAAGAAAAUGUGACCCACUGUGGAAAGAUCAGUUUGUUCUUUUACCAUAAACUUCAGUUACUGUCUGGCUGAAUCAAAAAUGGUGACUUUCACUCCUGCAAAAUCUGUGAAGCUGCAGUUCUCUUGCCUCCAUAUUGCAUAGUUGAUGUCAGCAGGUGUGGAAGUGGAGGUGGCCUCCUUCUGCAUCUAAUGUGUUGAUCCUUGGUGUUCUAGGCAAGAGAAUUGCACCUUUGGCUCUUUUUUCAAGGUCAUAACUGAAGACUCAUAUAGAGGGCAAAAAGCAAAAGGCUCAUCACUGACUUUUUGCUGACUUGAUCCCAUUUAAAGGCUUUUCGCACAGAUUUUGUUUGUCUUGCAAAUUGAUGGGUUAUGAGAAAACUGUACUACUAAUCACAGCUAAACUCUGCCCUAUGCUUAAAUGACUAAACUUACUCUAAUUGGCUUUGGCCAAUUGGCCAGUGGUAAUACUAAAAGCUGGCUGUGUUCAGAGAUGAGCUGGUAUUUGAAUGUUUGAGCAAUGGAAGCCUUGAGGUUUUGCUCCAUCAUGCCUUACGUAUAUGACUGCAGAUUAAUUGCUUCUAAAGUGCUUCAAUGGAAACCGCUGGUCAUCCAUCUUCAGAUGAGGUGUGUAGAUGGCAUGGGGAAGAACCAGUUUCUUCAGUGGUCAUAGUCACUUACUCUCCCCCUCGUCACUCAAGGUUCCCAAUGCAUUUGUUGUUUCUUGUUUUCAUGAUUGACUAAGAGUACUAUGCUUUACUGCUGCCACCAGCCACCUCCACGUGCUUCCUGCUGGCAUGAUGGAAUGAAAGGGCCUUGUCUGCAGCUCUCUCCACCUGGCUGUUUAUUGAAUUAGCACUGGGAAUGUGUGCAGGGAUGUAAAUGCCAUCUGUGAUUUACUACUUCAGUUGGGUGCUCUCCAGGCAGCUCUCACAACACAGGCAAUAGCGGCAUCAUUGCUAAAAUGUCUGGAUUUAAAACAAACAAACAAACAAAAAAAAACAAACCAAAAACCCACUUCUAACAGGCACUGUCACUCUUGUUCAAAUGCUUUGUCUCCAUUCUCGGCCUCUUGUCCUGACCUCACUCCCUCCUGGCCACCCUCCACCCCGCUGGACUUGAGCAGGUUCCCUGUUCUUUUUUGACUUACUACUUUAGAUACCAGUUCUGAAAAGCCUAGGCACACAUGUUUAAGCUGUAUUUUAUGAAACUUCUGCACCCACUUAAGCAGUAACUUACUGAAUUGGGGCCUUGCUUACAGGCUCCCUAUUCAUUUGAUCCAGCUCUAGAUGUCUCUCUGAACUAGUAUCCCCCUUUCAGUCUGAAGGGCUUUGCUCCAAACUCAUUCCUGCUCUGUGGAGGAGUUAGUUCCUCUACUAAUGGCUAUUUCAAUGAGGUUGUUCUUAUUUUCCCCCUAUUUAUACUGGGGUUCACUGCAUAUGUACAAAAUGCUAUUGAUAUUUUUUCUCAACUUCCUCCUGAAUGUGGUAUAGGGGUCCACCCUGUGGGGCAUCAGAACUGUUUGUCCACUUUCAAAGUGCACAAAAGCAAGGAUUUCUUAAAUGAACAAGCUUUAGUGAGGAAAAGCAGCUGCAUACACAGAAUUGGAAAGGUAUCUCUGGGUAGAAUAGGUAAGGGAGCAGUUUAAGAUUUUUAAAUAAAAGAACAGAGUAACUGAGCUUUGGGGUUUUUUAAAAUUGCUUUAACUAGAUGCUUCUCUGUGUUCUUGUAACAGAAAGUUGCAAUGUAUACUGAGAUUUUUGUUGAUCAAUGCAAAAUGUGCCUCUCAACUAUAAUGCAAAAGUCUGUCUGUCUCACUUUGUGUUUGCAAUGCAAGGAGUUCAACUGAAGACUUAAUUUUAAUUCUUGUUUCUUGCUCUUAAGUGUUAACAUCCACAGAACAGUCCUUGCUGGUCUUUCGCAAGCAUCAUACAACACUAUCUCCCUAUUUCACGGCAGAAAAGGGGAUUGCAUUGAGCACUGGAACUUGCUGAACUUCCUUGGUUUGAGAGACACACUGGAGAGAAGAGUUCAGGUUCCAUGUGCUUUAAAUAUAACUUUAAAGCAAUGCAGCUACUCUGUCAGAUCAGCACCAUUUUCUACCUUUCGCUCCAUUUAGAUGGGAAUAUAAAAGUAAACCCAGCAAUAUGUGAUCCAGUUGAUGUGCUUGAAGGUGGAACAUGGGGUUUUUGAAAUUUGAGGACUGAGAAUUUCUCUUGCAUGGAAGAACUCAAUGUGGGUACAAAAGUUUGGAUCUCUGAUUACAGCUCUUCUGUCAGCUUGCUAAAUGCAAACAAGUACUUUGAACUCUUCUGAAGACAACUGUGGUAGAAGAGCUGUGAAGGUGUAGGCUGGAACUUACCAUGUUGGGUCAUCUGCGUGUUCCUCAACUACAUGGGCAAUGUAUCAGUGAUUUUACAGAUUGAUAUCCAUGUGUCUGUCACAAAAAACUGCUGUCUGGGGUGAACCUGUUAAUAGAUACAUUUCCAGAUCAAAUUAAGAGCCUAAUUUUCCAUCUUGCAUUAACCGGGUUACUGUGUUCACAUGCCAGAAAGAUGUUGCUCUUUGAAAAAGCAUGUUAGUGUGUGUGGCAAUGACCCAUGCACUUUUUAAAUACCUAGAUCUUGUACAUUCUCACUUGAGUAUUGUUAAUCAUGCUGUAGUCUGACAAAUGGAUCUUUUACUACUGCCCUGUUAUAUAGAAUAAUUGUAAUUAACUGCAGUUUGUUUUUCCACUACUUGAAGUUGUGUGAUCUGAAAAUUGGUGAACAAAAAGUAUUUGUGCAUCUUACUAUGGGUAUCUCUAAAUAAAAUGUAUUUGUAUAGUG